GCAGCAUUCUCGCUUGGGCCGCGCUGUGACGAUGGAUGCGCCGAAGGCCGCGGUGGACCCUCCCGUUCCAGCUACGAAACGAGGCCGGGGCCCACCUAGGAACGAAGGCAUCUGGCAGUACUUUACCAAGCUCAAAGAUGCGGGCAAGUACCACAACUACUGGUAUGUCGAGUGCAAGAGCUGUCGCGCUGCAUACGUCGAACAUGGUGCCGCGGAUCCGAGCGAGUCCAACAUUCCAGCGCCACACCCGAUUGUGUCGCGCAUUCAAGACAUGCACCGCCACUUGAGCGAGUGCAGAUUUGUCAGCGACUACGUCCCAGACGACACGACGAGCCCACGGCCGGCCAAGGUAUUCCGAUCGUACGGCAAAGGAGAGAAAAAGUCAACAAAAUACACCACAAAGGGAGGAAGCAACGGAAGCAGCACGUUGGGUAUAUCCGACAAGGAGGACAAGGAGCUGCUUCGUCGAGACAUGGAGCAUCGAUGGGACAUGGAACGCCGCCGCAUGGCAUUGGAGGAGCAGAAAAACGCUCGGAUCGAUCAAAAGCUGGCGCGGCAAGAAGAGGAAGCCCAAAUCAAUCGGCGGCUACUGCUGGCGAAAGCUCAGGAAGCAGAGUUGCAGCUCAAGGUCGCCCAAGCGAAAGCGCGACACGAGCUGCUGCAGGCAGGCAUGACCCCCGAAGACGUUGAUGCAGUCCUGUCGAAUCCAGCAACUACCCCCAGUAGCACAAACACUUCCCACUCGGACUCAAUCCUGUAAUGUAAGAUAUCGACACAAACGCA